AUGACUGAUUCCGAGUCAGUUCGAUUACACAUCACUCCUUUCAACUCGGAGCUCCUCCCCUCUGUUCUACCACCAUCCAUCCGAGCCACAGCUACCGAGAUCUCCUUCCACACUAUUUCUACCUUCCCAGAGAAUAACUACGGUUACGUCACAUUACCAAAGAUGGACGCCGAGAAGAUCAAAAAGAAGCUGAAUGGGUCCAUUCUAAAGGGCAAGAAAUUCAAGAUCGAAGCAGCCCGCCCACAGAAGCGACAACUCGAGGAAGAAGUGUCAGCUGAACCGAUCAAGGAGAAGAAAAAGUCCAAGAAGUCAAAAUCCGAAAAAUCCGAAAAGCCCGAGAAAAAUACCAUUGAGGGAUACGAGUUGCCAUCCGACCGAAAGGUGAAGCGAGGCUGGACAGAUCCGAGCAGUGGAAAGAAAGACAAACGGAAAUACGACAAGAGCAAGAGCAAAGACGACAAGAAGGAAAAACCGCAGCCCAAGUCCAAGUACAGCGAAAAGGCAGAAUGUCUAUUCCUCGCCAAAAUCCCACCCAAUCGCGUCUCCGUACCCGAUGCCAACGACAAGAAGGCUAAGAAGAAGAAGGGUUCCGAUAAUGUCGUUCACGAGUUCGCCAAAACAUUCACGCAACCUAGUUUCCUGCGCUCGACGGAUGAGAAUACUCCACUGACGGCAACAUUCGAUGAAGAGAAGGGCUGGAUGGAUAACACUGGGAAUGUGAAGGAGGAUGUUAGCAAGAAGGCCCGGAAGAAGGAUUAUCUUCCCGGUAAAAUUCCCGGUGCGAAGGAGAAGCGCCCGGUCAAGACCUCUUCGAAGUCGAAGUCCAAGGCCAAGGUUGAAGAGCCAGAAUCUUCCGCAGAGUCAGAAGAUUGGACCUCAUCUAGCGGUUCAGAUGAAAGCUCAGACUCGGAGUCAGAAAGCGAGAGUGAGGAUGAGGAUGAGAAGGAGAAAGAGAACGACGAUGAAGACAGCGACAACGCCAGCGACAGCAGCUCUUCAUCCGACUCUGAUUCAUCCGACGAAGAGGAAGAAUCCGAUGAACAAAAACCUUCUCCCGAGGAAGCAAAGUCUACCGAUGUUCCCAUGACCACCGAUGAACCCGAGCCUGAAGCAUCUGAAUCCAGUUCGCCCGCCGAAGACACACCUCAAGAUUCAGCCAAAGAAGUGCAUCCCCUGGAAGCUCUCUUCAAACGACCAGCGACCGAGACAACUACCGAGAAAUCGACAGCCGAGCCCGAUACCGGGUUCAGCUUUUUCGGCAAUGGCGACGAUAUCGAAUCGGAUGACGAGCCGAAGGUAUCUGAGCCGCAGACUCCAUUCACUCCCUUUACCAAGCGAGACAUUCAAGAUCGUGGUCUACGGAGUGCAGCACCUACACCGGAUACAGGCAUUCCUAGCCGACACAUGAAAUGGAAUGAGAUGGAGGAUGAGGAUGAGGAUGAGGAUGAGAUGGCAGUCGAUACUCCAGUGUCCAAGGCACGUGAAGCUGGCGCGGACAAGGACGAAACGGAGUUUUCCAAGUGGUUCUGGGAGAACCGGGGUGAUAAUAACCGGGCGUGGAAGAAGAGGAGACGAGAUGUAGCCAAGGAGCAACGACAGAGAGAGAACCGGAAGAAGGGAAUGAAGGGCAAGUCAUGA